AAGAAAAUCAAGAACAAAGCUAAGUCUUAGCAAUAUCUCGAGACUUCAAAAUCCACGAGCACAAAUACAAUAUUUAUUUAAACCAACCCAAAAAAAAAAAAAAAAAAAAAAAACUUUCAAAUUCUCUCUAACAAAUCAUCAAAGACAGAGAAAUCCCACCCUCUGUUCUUCCAAAGCAUCUCCAAUUAGAAAAGAAUCCUUUGGGUUCUCUUUGGUUUUCACGAAUCUUUCUCUUAUGACUUUUCUUUGAUGCAUAACUUUCCAAAAAGCUUAUUGGGUUUCUUCUAGAGAUUGAAAAUUCCCCUGUUUUUGAAGAGAAGAAAGCUUCAUCGAAUCAAACCCAUUUCAGAAGAUGGUUCAGAGAAUUGUGGCGAACAAAUUUGGAGUUCAAAGUGGUAGCGUUAAAGGGGAGAAGAGAGUUGCGAGUUUCAAAACUAGUUCAUCUUUUUCUUCUUCUCAAAACCCAGAUGGCAAAAACAGAGCAGCUGAUUUGAAGAAGAUGAUGAAGAAAUCACGAGCUAUUCAGCUUUCCAAUUUUGAGAUCAGCUUCAAUUCAUCGCCGAUUAGAAAGAAUAUAUCUCUGCCUGGUAAACCACCACCGAAUUCUUCUAAUGUUUUGGAAAUCAAACAGAAGCAAAAUCAAGCAUCCGUGAUUAGAACCAGCGAUGGCUCGCCCAAUUACAUGAAAUCCACGAGCUGUUUUGAUGCAAGGAAAGAGGUUUCUCAGGUGAAUUCUCGGAAUUCUCGAAUUUGUAGUGAUAGUAAGAAAACCAGAAGGAGGACUUUAGAGAAUUCUACUCAUGGCUCUGUUACUGGCCUUAAGCCCACCAAGUGUUUGACAAAAUCCUCCAGUUUGAAACUGGUUAGAACUUUGAAGAAGACAUCGAGUUUUAAGAAGUCUUCGAGGGUGGCUCUGUGUGCAGAAAUGGAUUCUCAUAGAGCGACCUGUUCUUCCACUCUCAAGGACUCUAAGUUUCCAGCAUACUUCAUGCUGAGCCCUGGAGCAACUGAGUAUGAAGGAACUUCAGCCAUGAAAGUCUGUCCUUAUACUUACUGCUCGCUUAAUGGCCAUAGACAUGCUCCUUUGCCUCCUUUGAAGGGUUUCUUGUCUGCAAGGAGACGUUUGUUGAAGAAUCUAAAAGUUGAGCCAUCUGGUUGUGGAGCGAAAGGGAUUGAUCAAGCUGGUGUGAAAGUGCUAGAUGAAGAAAAAAUGGUUCCAGAGGUUUUGGAAAAUGAUGGUAAGUUGGAUUUUUUCAUUGAAAUUUAUGCUGAAAAUAAGGUUGACGAUGUUGGAUCAGUUAAUCAAGAUAGGGUAAUGAGUGGAUAUUGUGCUGGUGUUUCUUCUUCUACCGUGGGAGACGAAAUGGAAUUGAGUAAUGAAGAGGACAAUAAAUCAGUUGCAGAGAACAUAUCUGAUGGAUCCAUGGACUAUGAGGUUGGUUUAGGUGAAGAAGGGACUGAAGGAAUCUUCCAUGGGGUUGAGGAUGAUGCUGGUUCAACGGAUACCGAGAUGGAAGAGUGGGAGGAGCAACAGUUUUUGAGUAUGGAAAGUGAUGGUUUGGAUGAAGUUGAAGAUCACUCAAAUGCUGUAACUGGGGGUUUAUCAGAAGAGACUUGUUUGCUGAAUGGAGAACUUGCUGGAUCUGAUGAUGUUGUCAAUAAAAAGAGUGGAGACUUUGAAGAACAGUUCUAUAUUGGGGAUUCUGACUUGAAUCGCCAUCAAGAUUGGGAGGUGGAAGAGGCUAGCCAAGUGUCUGAGAGCUUAAGUUUUGAUCAACUUUCUUAUUUAGAGGAUGAAUUUGAUGAGAAGGAUGCUACUCAAGCUGUUUCUGAAAGAGCUGAAAUUGAAUAUCUGGAGAUGAUUCUGAAUUAUGAACUGGAAGCUGAGAUUGUAGAAACUCCCUUCGUAACAAAAGAAGCUUCAAAUAAAGAGCAGGAAAGCCAAGAUCUUCAAGUUGAUGGAGUUUCUGAUGAACAGUUUGUUGAUUACCAGCUCCCCAACAAUGAUUAUGUCUUGCAAGAGGAAUUACUAGAUGCCAAUAUCGAUAAUCAAAUGGAAAGAGAAAAACAACUUGAUGAUCCAAACCAUGGAGAUGAGGUUGCUAUUGAGGCUGAACAUUCUGAUGGAAAAUGCCAAGAUAUCUCUGCUACUGGAAACAGUAAUUCUGUUGCGGAAGAAGACGAAACUGAAUCUUCAACAGUCCUAGAAAUGACAGGUAAUGAGGAACCUAGUGAUUUGAAGAUGGAAGAAACUUCUUUGAAUGAUAAUAGCACUGUGCCGGUCAACAUUGUGGAAGGAAAAGAUAGAGCAGAUUCAUUACUAAAAGCAUCAAAGUUAUCCCGUACCACAAUUGAUUCCAGCGAAGAACUUGAUCUCUUGAGCAAGAAUUGGGAAGUGAAUGCGAAAUGCAAGAGGCUUGGUGAAGAAUCAGAAGAUCCAAGGGACUUCGAUCCACGAGAACCGAAUUACUUGCCAUUGGUGCCAGAUCCCGAGGCCGAAAAGGUAGAUCUCAAGCAUCAACUGAUGGAUGACAGGAAAAAUGCAGAAGAAUGGAUGCUUGAUUAUGCACUCCAACGAACUGUCACGAAACUUGCACCAGCUAAAAAGAAGAAGGUGGCACUUCUCGUCGAGGCUUUUGAAUCAGUCAUGCCGACAUCUCGAUACGAAAUCCAUCUUCGGAAUAAGGCUUCUGGAGCUUUUGCACCAGCCAAACGCAUUCAAGCUUGUUUCUGAUGGUAGUAAUAGAGUUUCUCGACACCAAAGUAUUCGUCGACGAUGUUUUUAAGAUGAAGAAUGAGUGGCAGGGAGAUUGUCUAUGCUUCCAUACAUCCUUGUUGGUGAACUGCAAGGUUUGAGAGUUUGUCAUCCUGUGUGUUCAAUUCAAAGGGCAUUAGAGAAAGGAAAAAAGAGUUUGAGUAAUGUCUGUAAUUACAGUGUAAGCUAUAUGGUGUCAUUUUCCUCUUAGGAUUGUAAUUUAUGUGUGCUUGUGAUGAAGGUGUAUUAGUAAAACCUUCAUAAAAACCUCUGCUAAUUUCAUGAACUCCUUUUCUUUUCCUUCAU